GUCUGAUGCUGACGCUUGUUGAGAGGGACCGUUGUGUGAGAGAGUCCGCUCCGGGACGAGCUGCUGCAAAACCCAGAAAAACACUCUCAAAGUCAGCCUCAGACAAAGAGGCUCACUCGAACACCAGCUCAGAAACACGGUGAUAUUCUGACGGAGUCCCUAAACCGCCUCCAACUUUGAGAGGAAGGAGAGUUGUGACAGGAAACACGGACCUUUGGUCAAGUUUUAUUCCCCCGCAGCGAUCCUCAGUUCUGGAUAUCUUUGAGUGAUGUUUGAUUACGACAGUCCACCGGUCUACAGCCCUCCAUCCAACAAUGGCUUUGGCCCUCCAGGCAGCUUCCAUGGCCCUCAGAGUGACUACAACGCCUACCCACCUCCACCAGGAUCCUACUACAUUGAGGAGAAGCCGCAGCACUUCUACAAAUGGCGUUCACCUCCUGGGAUCAUCAAGGCCAUGAUGGCCACAGUGAUAGUGCUGUGUGUGGCCAUCUUUGCCUGUGUGGCCUCCACCCUCAUGUGGGACAUGCAGUAUGGAUACGGCAUGGGAACGGGCUACUACGGCUCCGGUAUGGGCUACGGCAGCGGAUACAGCGGAGGCAGCUAUGGCGCAGGUUAUGGUGGUUACGGUAGCUAUGGAAACUACUACGGCUCCGGCUCCUACAUUUCUCCUUACUCGGCCAAAACUGCCAUGAUUUCCAUGGCAGCCAUUAACUUUAUAGGAGCGCUGGCCUUCUUCAUUGCCAGUUUCUCGAAAACCCCCAUAGUUCGCACCAGGAAGUUCUUUCUGGCUCUGCUGAUAACCAGUAUCAUCAUGGCUGUCCUGCAGGGCAUCAUAAGCAUCGUCUACAUUGUCGGUGUGAACCCAAUGGCCCAGAGCUCCUCCAGUAUGAUGUACAAUCCAAUGCUCAUGAUGUGCCAGAGCCUCUACCAGACCCACUACUCCCAGAUGGGAGGAGUGGGAGGCUUCCCCAUGUACAACCAGUACCUGUACCAUUACUGCUUUGUGGACCCACAGGAGGGAAUCGCCAUGGCGUGUGGAUUCCUGGUUGUCAUUGCCUUUUGUGUUGCUGCUUUUUUUGCACACAAAACAAGAGGGAAGAUCUGGCGCUACGGAAAACCCAACAUCUACUGGGAGGAGCCUCUCGUUGGUGGGAAGGCCUCAGAGGGCAGAGAUGUCGAGGAAUGGGUGAACAAUGUGGAGGAAAGCCGCAGCGUUCAGGAUGCCCCUACCCUGCUGGUGUCAGAGAAGGGAGGCGGGCUGCUCAACGCCUCGGCUAACAGUGUCAUCUCCUACCCCCCAGCCAAGGUGGACAGCAGCUCCUACAACGAGGACGCCUACGGCAACAACGAGUACUCUGAGAGAGCAACCAGCCGACCAUCAGAAAUGGUUUCCCGCAGUGGCGCCACCAGCUCCAGCCCCUCAGAGGAGACGGGUGGAGGCCGCAAACCUUCCGCCAACAGGGGCAAGAGGCGCAGACGAAACCCAGAGCUGGACGAGUCUCAGUACGAAACAGAGUACACCACAGGAGGAGAGACGGGCAACGAACUGGACGAAGAAGAAUGGGACAACAUGUACCCGGACAUAACUUCAGAUGCUCAGCGUCACAGCUAUAAGAGAGAGUUUGAUGCUGAUCUGCGAGAGUACAAACGCCUCUGUGCCGAGAUGGACGACAUAAACGAUCAGUUGAACAAACUGAGCCGGCAGCUGGACACACUGGAUGAGACCUCAGCCAAAUACCAGACUGUAGCAGAGGAAUAUAAUCAGCUGAAGGAUCUGAAGCAGACACCAAACUACCAGUCUAAGAAGAGAGAGUGCCGCCGAUUGAGGCACAAACUGUUCCACAUCAAACGCAUGGUGAAGGACUACGACAAGAAACACUGAAGAAGCCACCGAGCCCUGACUCUCUGCUCUGUGGUCGACACAGCAGACGCUCACAGACACACUCCAGAACAAAGACUCUGUGACAUGCUGAGACCAAAGUUGUAGGAAACACACAUACACACUGCAGACACACUACAGACACACACACACACACACACACAGGGAACAUACUGUACAUUACUAAUAGUUUAGACGUUUUCUUUCAUCCUCUGAUCACUUACACAUAUCGUCACCACUUUUAAAAACUAAAGCAGGACCCUCAGCUGUAGCUCCUCCAGAGCAAACGCUGCCGUUUCUAUAAGGGUCCAGCUCAGUGUUUGCAGUGUGCAGCCACAUGUGAAGAUCAGAGGGUGUGGUGGGAGAAAGAUUGUUUGAAAGUCACCUGAUCUGCAGUCCCCUGUGAUAACGCUGUACUCUCUGCGGUUCUGUUUGCUCCGCAGAUUGCCAACUUUUCUUUGUUUUAUCGCCGCAGAUAAAGAGCAGUAUUGUAGACGACGUAGUAACGGCUGAGACAGGUUGCUGGGAGCAGAUACGCAGUUUCUUUAACCCUUGGCAUGAUGUUAUCUUUGUCACAAAUGAACUUUAGCUGAGCUUUUCUUACUUGUGUUUAUAACGACCAUAAAUGUCCGUGAAGUUAACUGCUCUCCGGUGACACUGUGUAUUUUUCUAUCGUACUGGUUUUUGGUGAGAUUUUUAUGCUGAUCGUCACAGAUGCGGUGAGACCAAAAAAAAAAGGGGGACAAACUGGCCAAUGAGAUACGUGUGACCUUGUUGUGUUGUACAUAUGUUUUUAAUGAAUCCUGUUCAUGCUACAUGCCAAGAACACAUUCACAGUAUGACUGUUAGAGCUUUAGAUUCAUAGUGACGUGUUUGUUAGUCAGAUUAAAACGUUCUCAUGCUAUGCAAAUUGGUAAAAGUUAGCCAAACUGUUUUUAUAUUUUUUAUCAUGUGCACUCCUCAACGUGUCUGUCUCACUGUCUAUAAGCUAAACUAAUCUCAUGUUUUGAUUCGUUGCCAAUUAAAUCGGCUGUGAUUUUGUAUUAAUCCGCUUCAUGUGUAAAGAGCUACGAUCUCCUGUACAUUUUAAAACUGUUCAGACACACUUUUGAUUUGUCUUGCGUUUGUAUUUUUAUGAAGAACAUUUUUGUCAUUUUACAAACCGUUUGCGAGCCAUUUAUUUUUGUAAGAAUUUAUUUUCUCUGAUGCUAUUAUAAAAGACCAUUUUUUGUAACUGUAUACUUCCAUAAAUUAUGUUGUCUAAAAGGUAUUGAAUUCAGUAAGUAAUAAACAUUUCUAAUUCUCUAAAAGUG